AUGGUUUCUCCGGGAACAGUUCUGAUAAUUGUUCUCUGCGCAUUGUUCACUAAUAAUGCAAUGGCAAUUAGUCGCUCAAGUGGACUCGACAAUCAUCUUUUAAAAGAAAAUUCAGCAAGUUCAGAUCCAAUCCCUCAGAGAGCACUACAACAUGGUAAUGUUUACCGUGUCACAAGAACGAGUCCUGGAGGUCCAGAUCCAAGACACCACCACCUUCGCUUUCAUCAUGUUUAA